ACGUCAUCAUGUCCCCCUAAACUUCAUGUAGCCGCCAUGAGUUCGCCUUUCGCUAGCUCCACUCACGAUCCAGGCUCAUCUCUGACAGACCUCCUCUGCCAUCAUACCUACACACGUCUUCCAUCCUAGCACAGACACCUUACCAACAUCCUUAACAUGCAAUUCACUUUCGAUGACGAUGCGGACUUUCAUCGUGUUGGAUGUAUGGUACGCAGUGCCGUCGGAGAGAAGGAGUAUGGUGAUGAGGAGAAACUGCUGCUGCAAAGGAUUGAAGAAGAGAAGGGCAGGGAGCAUGAUGAAGCUUCGGAACGUAGGAAAAAGGUUGAUGAGGAACGGAUUCAACAGCUCCAGCUUCAGCUCAAUACCUUGAAGAGUGUAGACGAAUGGUCAGCGUUUGCCCAGCAAGGUGACGAUUUGUAUGGCGCAAUUCCAAGGCAAGGAGGAUCCGAGAGCAAGGAACACGAAGGAGAGACUUUGGAAACAAUUACAAGUAGGGUGCAUCAAAGGCAACAAGAGGAGGAACAGAGAAGGCGCAAGGAUGAAGAUGAAAUCAUCGCGAGAUUGCAGCGAGAAAUCGAGGCAAAGCUCUGCAGCGAAACCUGAAAACUUAACUGACCUGUUAAGUUUGGGGGACAGCAGUGUGGGCCGGAUGAGAGUUGGUUCUCACUGUCUUUUCUCUCAGAGGUUCUCGCCGUAUCAUGCCUGUGUGGGACAGUGUUUUUUUUAAACUUAAACCAAGUACUCGAUUAAU